GAUUUGCAAUGCCUACUCUCUUUUACCGACGAUCGUCGGACAGCGGUCUCGGUGAGGAAAUUCAACUCUGGUCUCAUACAGCUUUACUCCGGGUUCUGGGCUCAGUACGCGACGAAAAUGCUGGCUGCUUCGCACAAAGUACACGUCGAUCGUCUUCAUGGUAUAUGAGACUCGAAUAUGUCCAUUAUUUCGGAUCAAGAUUCCCGUUCCUGUAUGAGGACACCACAUACUUAAAAGAACCAUUUGAGCUGUACUCAAGACCAUUUCCCAUCCUGACACUCUUGCAAUGAUUCCCUUCGUUUUCCAACUUGCCAUUCUUUUGUUCUUCACAGGAUUCCCCUCCUCCCAAGCUCUCCAAGUCAAUAACACGAUCUAUAUUAUCAGUAGUGCCGAGACGCCCUCUCUCGGUCGUCCAGGACUUACACCUAUCGGUCAACAACGUGCACAACAGUGUAUUCCCAACGUCUUCGCGAAAUUCAACAUUGGAUUGAUUAUCUCUUGUAAUGGUACGGCAGCCGGCUCCGAGGAUGAGGAUGGCGACGGUCAAGGGUGCGCUGCAGCAGCGCCAACUGCCCAACCGUUUGCUACUCAGCUAGGGCUGAGUCUCACUACGUGUGGUGCGGGUGACGACGCCAAUGAAGGGUGCGCUAGUAGGUUGAUUAAUGCAUUCGCUAAGAAUAGCACUGGUUCUGUCCUCAUUGUCUGGGACUUUCUGCAAAUGGAAGAUCUCUUCGAAAACCUUGAUAUCGACGACGAAGAGGAUGACGACGACGAUAAUGAAGAUGGCACUCCCCAUUACGACAUUAUCACCACCGCCUUAAAAACCAAAGUUAUCGGACAGUCUUCAAUGAAUUGUACUGGAAUCGACGGCCCAGCGUAACUCAAGUAAACCUGGAGGAUGGCCCUUUAAGUAGAAGUAUCUCUCAUAUCCUUACAGGCGGGUAACAACGUGCUCCACUGCUUACUACUGUCCAUCUAUGCCAAAAUACGUAACUUGAACCUGUACUCGCGCGAGCUCAGAUAUCGUAGUUUCUAGAUUCUGGGUACAAUAAUAUCAGAAUUGUUUUAUCUUGCUA